AUGAAACCCCUAUCGGCGUCGAAUCUCAUGGACGACAUGAUUGGAACACAGAAAGAAAGCUCGGCUAAAGGACUUUCCCAACUUAAGAAGUACCUCUCGCGCCUCGGAUACAUAGCUAAGACGAGCACCACAUCACCGCACGAUGACGAUGAUUUUUUUGAUGAAAAAUUAGAGCUAGCCAUAAAAAUCUACCAAAGAUUCUUCAAGCUCCAAGUAAAUGGAAUCUUGGAUGCAUACACAAUUUCCAAAUUGAAGGAGCCUCGUUGUGGGGUGGCAGAUUUUGUUUUGGACAACGUAAAAAUUUCGUCAAAUGACCAUUAUAGCCGCUCCAAGUACACCUUCUUUCCGGGCCAGCCCAAAUGGCCGCCCGACAAGAGAAACUUAACGUAUUCGUUUCCAGAAGGCGCAAGGGAUGAUUUGAAACGGGCCAUUUUGGAUGCGUGUAAAUUAUGGGCCAAUGCGUCGCCUUUUAUGUUCAUGUACGUUACUUGA